AUGAACUCGUCUACAUGGAAGCCACACGGCCUGAUCCGUACUCCACAACUGGAGUAUUACUACCAAGAAGCUAAAGCCCUCGUCGAUCCCCAUGGCAACACUACCCAAGCAACAGAGGACAAGAGUAUUCGGCUUUUCGCACAGCUCCUGGCCAAAUACAUUUUCCCUGGGAAUGAGUACGCCGUCGUCCCCGGGCCGAUGUCAUCCAGCGACUUGGUUGUCGAGCGGUGCACCGCCAACAUGAACUUUGAAGUCCUAUGUUUCGUCGAUGCUAAGAAGCCCACCAAUGUUGCCGCGGACCGGGUCGCCUACCUCGAGCAGCAAGCUCUGAGCCACUGCAGGGAGCUCCUCCGAGCAAACCCGACCUACAAGCGCGCCUACGCAUGCACCAUUGUGGGAACUCACAUCCGGUGCUGGAUGGUGGUGUCAGACUUUGGAGGCAGCAUUGAUCUGACGGGCAUGUGGUCGUGGUUUCAGGUGGGGACCUUUGAGCACUACCUGGACGUCGGGCUGGACGUCAACAAAGCCAUAUUGGAGCGAUCGUUCAACCAGAUGCGGAAUGUUCCCCCAUCUCGGGCACAUUAA